AUGGCUCUCUUCCUGCUGACCCUGGGGCUGAGCCUGGGCUCCGCCCAGGAGCUCAACCCCCAGGCCAUUGUGCAGAAGAACUAUAACAUGGCCAAGGUUUCAGGGAUCUGGUAUCCGGUGUCCAUGGCCUCCGACGACAUAAAGCGGAUCGAGGAAAACGGGGACCUGAGGGUCUUCAUCCGGAACAUCGAGAGCCUGGAGGACGGGCGUCUGAGAUUCCAUUUCCGCACCAUGGUGCACGGGGAGUGCGAGCACGUGGCCAUGGUCUGCGAGAAGGCGGAGAGGGACGGGGAGUACAGCAUCAGCCAUGAGGGGGAUAAUACGGUGCUGCUCUCGGAGACCGACUACAGACAGUACAUCAUCUUCCACCUCCGGAACAUCAGGAACGGGACACAGACCACCAUGCUGGCGCUCUAUGGACGGGUGCCGGACCUGGGUCCCAGCUUCCUGGACAGAUUUGAAAAAGUCUGCAGAAAGUACGGACUGGGUCCGCAGAACAUCAUCAGCCUCGGCAACCAAGGCGAGCCUCCCGCCUCCUGCGCCAGCAGCCCUGGGCCAGGAGUGUUCCGGAGAGUCCCGGGGCCUCAGGGCUGGGGGUGGAGGCCCCAGAGAGGCUCCAUCUGA